AACAUAAACUGCAGUCAGAAAACGAAAAGCAAAGAAGAAACUCAGAAAAAGUCAGAAGUGAAAAUUUUUAUUCUUUUUACGCACUUGUAUUUAAAGCAGAAAACCUAUUUUCGUUUGUUGUAUAAUUCAGUUCAAUUAUAUUGAGACUACAAUCGGACAGAAAGUAGAGGUUUGUUUCGGUAUUCAGUAAAUUUGCAUGGAAAAGUUAUAAUCUAAACAGUAGAAACCCGUACAAAAUGGUCGCCACCAAAGCAACCCAGAAACGUCGUGGAGGUUUAAACGGAGCAUCGAACAGGCUACGCUUCAAACCAGGAGGCGGGCCCAAAUCUAUGAAUCCUCGAAACAUAGGAGCCAUGUUCAAUGCAAAUCAACUGGGUGAUAAUCCAGGAUUUGUAGAUUUCAAUGACGACGUACAGAUCCCAGCCGCACCUGCUCCUCAAGUUUCAACUUCUGUCUCAGCCGCCAAUACAGAUACUUCAACUGGUGCCGUUGUCUCUCAAAAUGCCAGGACAACUACAAACAACAGAAAGGGGCAUCCAAACCAGAAGCGGCCAAACAUGCGGAAUGGGAACAACAUGCGCCGAAUGCCACCGGGAUUGAAUGCUCCUUGGGGCCCACCCAUUCCGCCUAUGCCUCCUAUGUAUCCAAUGGGUGGUGGUCGAAGAAAUGGACCUUUCCCACCACCACUACCUCCUCCACAUUUUAGAGUUCCUCCGAUGGGUAUGCGUGGAAUGCGGGGUGGUCCAAUGAUGCCUCCACCACCACCGAACGGGCGCUUCGGAGGUCCUCCAAUGUGUCCUGGUCCAGUUUCGCUGAUGCAAAGACCAAUGCCUCCUAUGCGAGGCCCGAUAAUGAAUCCAAUGGGACGCAUGAUGCCACCACUCCGAAAUGGUCCACCUCCGAUGAGACGGGUACCGAAUGGAAAGAUGCCACCUGGGGGAAGAAUCAUCAAACCAGGUGGAAAACUACCCAUUCGAGCUAGUGCACCAAAUGCAAAGGGCUCAAAACUUAUAGGAAACAAAAAGCUGCGAACAAAGGCACCAGUAAAACCGAGAGAGGAAUACCCGUUGGAUAAACCAUGGGUAACAGCGGAGAUUAAAGAGGAGCACGACAAAAAGGUAGAACUAGCCGAACGUUUAAAAGGUCACAAAGACGAUGCUCUGUUCGCACAGUUCAAGGAGCAGCGGGACAAGUUUGUCAAAAUGUAUGACGCUGCAAGGUUGGAAUUCAUUGGGAAGCAUCCCGAACAGGACGUUGAUAAAAUCCUGACCGAAUCAGUGGCAAGCAAAAAAGCCAAAACCGAAAAUACAAAAUCAAAUGUUGCAGUUUCUACUGAUACUCCUGCCGCCACAGCUACUACUACUGCAACGGCUACCACUACCAACGCUACCGCUACCGAUGCCGGAAAAACUUCGGCUUCCUCUGCUUAAGUAUAGUUUACUUCUUUGUUUUCGCCCGUGGAUCUGCAGUGCUAAACUUGUCAAAAAAGAAUCUGUUAAAAUCAGUCCACGUGGCAGAAGAGGAAGCACGGAACGCGUAUAGUAACAUAUUUUUCCUAAAUAGUGUGCUACAAAUCGUUUUUGUAUUAGAGUGCAAAGAUAAUACCAUAGUUUUCACGAUUAGCAUGCUCGUUUCUUUUGUUUGAUUUUAGUAUAUCCAUCAGAUGAAUAACGAAUUCAGUAAAGAAACAGAUUUUAACUAGUUUAUCACUCAUCACUUUAAAGAUUAUUCGAAAACGAAAACAUGAUCUUACAAUGCAUAGCCAAAAUGAACGGCUUUUUAAAACAUUUAAUGGAGUUACUUUUAACACGAAAAAUAGUCAGGGCUAGCGAAUUCAACUCGUGCUAAAACCACUACGCGCUUAGCCAACAGUUUAGUUUUACUUGUCAGUUUUAAACUAAAGAUUGAACUCCAUUUAGAUGAUUCUUUCAUUUUAUCUAAUAGUAUCAACGAAAACUUGACCGAUCAUAUUCAUUAUUACAACGCAUAUGUAGUGGUAUACUGUUUGAAUGUAGUCGUUUCCUUGAAGCAAACAAGGAACUGUAUUUAAAUUGCUAGACAGCAGUUUCCUAGAAUAAUGUAAUAAUCAAUAAUCUUACUUGAAACGAGUAAAAGAUCUUUCUGUGAAAUGGUAUUGUGCUGAAUUCGACACGAAAUAAAUGUUUGAGACGCAACAAUUUUUGCAUUUUUUGGUAUAAAAAAUACAAGAACGGGUAGCAUUUGUAUAAAACCAGCCUUUAGUUUUACAAUGCUGUUGUUUACAAGGUUGAAUUUUUUGCAAUCGUGCCCAGAGGGUUGUAGAACAGUACAAGCUAUGUACAAUGUAACACAGUGUAUCAUCAAACGUUGAUCACAAACUCCCACUCAGUAUUUGUUCUAGUCCGUUAUAGUGUUCACAAACAUAACACGCAUUCGUUCUGAUAUUAUAUUUUUCCUUUGAAUGUCUGAUCUAUAAUUCUCAGUGCACGAUUCGCAAUAUUUUCAUUGAAUUGCUGGUUGUUUUACAGAUGUUCGUACAUAUAAUCUUGUGUGUUUUAAAGCAUUUUCAGAAUUUCAUGCAUUUUAUAACGAAAAACUGUUCGCAGUCUCAGGCAAUAUAGAUUUUAUAAUAGUAAUCGUUGUGGUCCAUGUUUUGGAAUGCCAUUUGCAAACAAAAACCAAACAAUACGAAAAAGGCCAAUACAAGUCAUGAACUAGUACGUAUAGCUAUUUGAAAAUCAUCAAUAAUAAACUCUAGCUGUAAUAUAAAUAAAAAAUCAUGUAGUUUAUUCUCAGAAUAACGAUGUAUUUUCUGUUUGUGUUGUAUUCAUAGUAAGUCAAUAAACAGUAAUAGUUGCUAAAACUCGGUAAUUCAGCACAAGCAAAUAACAGUAAGAGGAAAUCUUCAUCAUUGCGUCUCUCGAACCCUUGUUCUUCGUAUGCCGUUUGCAUAGAAGUAAUGGAGGCAAUUUUAUCAGUAAAAGCGUAUUGGAUGACAGCGAGUAUAACGAUGAAAAUAAUUAUAGCGGCCCGGAAGCCACUCCCGACCUGGAGAAUUUUUUCCAUUCUCUUGGGGCAGGCAGAAAUCAGUCCUUAUAACGGAAACACUGAAUGUAUAGAUUAAAUGAACAAGAGCAUAUAUAAACGUAACAAAGAAUCUUUCAAACAGACUUAUAGACGAGAUCAACUACACACGAAUGCAUUACACACCUGCAACACUUUGACACUUACAAAGUGCACAACACAUCAACGAUGACAAAAUAUCUUAAUCGCAUGAAUAAAUUAUUUAACAAAGCAAA